CCAGCGCUGGGCACACUACUUAAAAUAAAACAAAAAAGGCCCGGCUAAGAUUUCAUUUUCAGGCGUCCCCUGAAAUAAAAUUUUAAAACAAUAACUCAAAUACCAUAAAGUAAGCACCUCCGCUCCUCACCGUAUUGUUUUUUUUUUGCGUCUGGUCACUGUGGCUAUUAAAAAUCCAAUAAAAGGCCCGCCCAAGAUGAACAUUGCGCCCCAGGCGGAUAUAUCUACCGAUUCUUGCCGACCAUUAGUCAAAGUUAACCGCGUUCAACCUCUCAACGUGCCCGUUUACGACCUGCCGGAAUACCUGUGCGUGGAGUCCAAGUGGGUGAGCCGUCAGUACGCUAUGGACAACAACUUAUCGGCAACUAGAGUCGCCGCCGAUCCGAUGGUCGUCAAUGGCGGCCACACAGAAUUGUCCCAAAAGCCCCAGGAGCGGGCAGUCUCCAAAAAACCACAAAACGACGAUCUCCCCAAGAGAGAACGCAGCGUACAAACGGAGACGAAGAACACGUGCGACGUGGGCGUGCAGUGCUGCCGGGAUGCGGACGAUUGGGACUGGGAUUACCCCAAGAAUCAGGAGACGGAGAAGGGUCCCAAGGAUUCCGCCAGCGAGGAUGCCGCAUUCCUCACCUUUGUUAGCGAGACAACCAGCAUGUUCCCCAACGGAAUGCUAGAGUGUCAGGUUUGCGGCGAAGUAGCCAGCUCUCUGGCCGAACACCAGGGCCACAUGAAGGUGCACUACGGUCCGAGGGUACUCUGCUGCCAUUGUGGCCGACAAAUAUCCCACGAGAAGCUGGUGAAGCGCCACAAUCUUAGCUGCCCUGGUCUGGCGCCCAGGAAGUCUAACAUGUUCUUCAAGUGCCCGCAUUCGUUGUGCAGUGUCGAGUGCCAUUCGGAGACGCAACUACUCAACCAUCUGAAGAAGCACCGCGGCCGGAGCUCCUACAAGUGUCUUCAGUGCAACCAAAACUUCAAGACCGCCUCCGCUCUGCUGAUCCACCGCAAAGCUGUGAGCGGCUGCUCCAAGGCAGAGUACGUCACAUUAUUCCGCAAGCACAAGCUGCCCAAGGAGAAACGCGACCUCAGACGCUGCUCGGUGUGCCUGAAGCGCUUCAGCAACGAGAGGAUUUGCAGCAGACACAGGAGGAAGUGCAUUCUGGGCUACCAUAUAAACCUGAGCAAGGCAUUGCUGAAAGAAUUAUGAACAUAAGCAUGAUAGAAUUAUACAAGGUAGUCUCGUCGGGUCCAAAUCGUUUGGGUUUUACAUUUCAUUCAAACUUUUAGGCUGUACCCGCUCACACACACUUUGAGAAGCCGAACUAGGGAUUAUUUUUCCGCCGGGGGUACCUUGUAUAAUUGUAUCAUGGAACAUAAGUAACUAAUUUGUAAUUUUGUAUUUAUUAGCAGUAGAAAUCGAUAACAAUAAGACGAGGCUCCUACGACGCCUGAA